AUGGUUCAGGUCAGACUCCCAUACAAACGCAUCCAACCAAUCUCGAGUUCUAUACAUACAUGCGCUGUAUUGACAGGCCGUGAAAGUUUGUCUAACCUAGCUGCUUCCGUAAUGGACUUCAGCGCCGUUACUAUUUCGUCAAGGUCUCGGUGGGGUCCUAACGACUUGCGGGAGGACUUAAGAGAUCUUAUUCUUCAGAUCUGCGCAGACAAGAAAGACCUAGUUUUCCGCGUCUCAGAAUCUAAAAUUAAGCAUGACGAAUGGCUGCAAGAUAUAACUACCAUGAUUGUCACAGGAGAGAUAUACGGAAUCUUUGAUCAGUCCGAUAGGGAAAAACUUUCGUUUCAAGUGAGGUCCCCCGAAAAGCCGGAGCCCGGAAGUUCCGCUGAUGGUUGGGAGGCAGUUGUGUCUCUAAUUCAGCGGAAGCUACACUUCGUGAUUAGCAUUGCAUCAGCGGAAAUGUACUCGGCUACUGAGCGAAUAACGGAAAAGUUCAUGACUGUGACUGGAGAGCCUAUUCACGUGACGUGCACGUCCUUUGUGGAGCUAGUUCGGCAGUACUUGAUGCUUUUUGCAACAAAGAAAAAGAAUUUAGAUGAGCGCCUCCAAAAAUAUACCUCGGGGAUCCGCAGGCUGGAGGAAACGUCCUCUGCGGUGGAAAAUAUGAAAGCAAAGCUCCUGGCGGAUCAGCCACUCCUCGAAAAAUCAAGAGAAGAGGCAAAGACUGUGGCGGCCUCACUAGCAGAAGAUAAAGAGAAAGCAGCAGUAAUGGAACAAAGCUGUUCAGUUGAGAGGGCAGCAGCAAAUUUAGCCCGCAUAGAGGCUCAUUCCAUACGCGACGACUGUCAAAGGGAUAUUGAUGAAGUAAUGCCCCUUCUGCAUCAAGCACUCAAGGCCCUUGAAGCGCUUGACAAACGUGACUUACAUGAAGUAAAGUCCUUUCCUUCCCCUCCAGCGCUUGUCGAAACCGUGAUGAAUGCUGUUUGCGUCCUUCUUGGACGCAAAGAAUCAUGGGACGAGGCCAAGAAAGUACUAAAUGAAACGUCUCUGCUAACCACUCUACGGGAAUAUGACAAAGAUCAUAUUUCACCCAAAGUUCUACAGCAGCUUAGCAAAUACACUGCACUUGAGGAUUUCCUCCCGGAGAGAGUCGCCAAUGUGUCGAAGGCAGCGACUUCGUUGUGCAUGUGGGUGAGAGCAGUCGAAAGCUACGCACAAGUUCUCAAGGUCAUGGAGCCAAAAAAAAAGAGGCUUUCAGACGCAGAGGAAGUUCUAAAGAAGGCGGAAGAUGAUCUGGCCGAAAAACAGCGGUCUCUUGAUCAUGUCCAAGGGAGGGUCCAAUCACUAAUAGAGCAGUACAGUGAAUGCCAGGAGAGAGUUAAGGAUCUGGAAAAUCAAAUACAAGUAACAGAGCAAAGACUUGCCAGGGCUGGAGAAGUCCUAUCCGGAGUGUCUGUGGAGGGAGAGAGAUGGGCUACUGAUGCAGAAGCCGUGAAGGAAGAUAUGUCGAACCUUUUGGGCGACAUUCUCAUGGCAGCUGGUAUGCUCACUUAUUUUGGGCCAUUCACGCACGAAUACCGAGAGGAAUUAAGUCGUCACUGGCUGAGCAUCUGCCUUGAAGAGGGCAUGACUGUAAGAGAAGACUUUUCCAUCGCUCGGACCUUGUCGUCGCCUUCUGAAAUGAGGCAGUGGUCACUUGAAGGAUUGCCGUCGGAUGCUGCAUCAAUCGAGAAUGCUAUUCUGGUCUGCAACUGUUCAAAAUGUCCCUUACUGAUUGACCCUGAAGAGCAGGGUACCCGUUGGUUCAGAAGGAGGAACUUUACACGAGAGUUCAAAGAAAUUUCUUCUGUCGACGAUGAUGCUUUGCGACUCAUAUCUGAAGCUGUCACUGCUGGGAUGAUCGUUCUUGUCAUUCUUUCUGAGGGGACUCUGGACCCAGCGCUUGGGGCUCUGCUGAGAACAGUGGUAUGCGCACAAACUUCAUGGAUUGGUUUCGAAUUCUUUACAAGACGGUGGAAAUGCACAGUAACUAAGUCCAAGGCAAUGAUGUGA